CUGGUCGGUGCCUGUAGACUAACAUAUAGGAAACAGAAAUAACGACAAAGGUUGCGAGCUGAGGCCUAGAAUUGAGCCUGAGGAAACAAUAUUGUGGUUGUAUUAGCCCAAUUUUGUCUAGAAAUGCAGUUGAACACCAUUGCUUCCUUUGUGCACGGUCAUCUCAGCUCUUGGUGAAAUCUGUGUUUGGGGCAAAGCUUGCACACAGGACGAGGAAAAUGCAGUACACUCCUGAAUCCAAUGUCUACCAUGAGAGCUGCAAAGGGCAGAAUUGUUAUGAGGACUGCUGUGACAGUGGAUACUCAGGUUUAUUCCACAGUCCACUGAGCAUCAGUGGAGUUGACUCCUCCAGGUCUUUGUCUCCUGUAGAAUUCAAUGAAACGCCUAAAGAGAACCUCAGACUUUCUGUCACACCUAAAAGAAGGACCAGAGAAUCGGUCAGAUUUUUGGACAAAGAAUCCAGGGGUGUGCAGCAGCCAUCAUCAGUUAGCUGGUGUGAAACUCCUAAAGUAUAUAAAAGAGAUGCCUCACUGCGACACAGACUUUUAAUGUGCAAACACACCACAGAUGUCAAAACUGACAACACAAGAUCACCAUGCACUAGAAGGACUGAAUCCUCCAUUAGUGCGAGUUCUGAACACUGGUUCAGUGCAUCGUUUGACUCUCUAGACACUGUGAUGGGGGCUUUAGCAUCAAGCACUUUAAAACUGGAGCAGUACUUGCCAUUAUCUGGUAGGAAGAGUCGGCUCCUUUUCUCACAGGUGAGGACCUCCACUCUUGAGGAUGGUAAACUUCACUCUGGUCUCCCCUCUAAUUUUGAGAGAAGCGUUUCACUUUCAGAUGCAGAUUUCAGUGGGAGCAUAUCUGCCUCUGAUCAAAUUAAUAUUCAGACUCCGCGCUCUAGAAAAUUCCUGCCUGUCACAUGGAAGGAAAACUCUCUAUCACCUGUCAGUGGUAUGACAAAUGGCCUAAAUGACAGCCUAAGCAUGUUGUGUACACCAUCAUCCACACAUACACCCAAGUGCAUCAGGUCCGUGUGUGAAGACAGUGGUUUCAGUUCCCUGACUGUCGAGAAAUCCGAAGACUCCUCAGUGGACCAUGAUGGCUCAUUCCAGGAGCUGCUGCUCUUUGCCUCCAGAAGAAACUGUGAAACCCCUAAUCUGGUAGAGGCAAAGCGGCGCUCCCGUUUGCAGCGUCAGCACAGGCUUUCUACACUUAAAGAAGGGGGCUCUCAGUCUGAGGAAGACCCAACAGACAGAAAGGAUCAACAUCUUUAUCAGUGCCACAGCCAAUCUAAAGAUGAUGUUUUUACUGAUGGUGCCACCCCUCGCAGUGGUCUCUCUAGUAAAUGUGGUAAUAGCAUGACCUCUGAUGGUUCGGCCUAUGCCAAACAAGACUAUACCACCCCACUAAGAGCCACCAUGGCCAAGCCAGAAAACAUGACGCCAUAUAGCACAGCUCCUGCUAAUCCAGAUGUAACGCCUCUCAGGACAACCCCAGUCAAUCUCUCUCUGACUCCAGCUUUGCAGCUGGUUCAUGCUAUGUGCCAGCAGAAAGCCUCUGUGUUUGCUGGCCAAAGUCCUAGCCUGAAGGAGCAGUUGAAGUCCACAGCAGAACUGGCUGAGACCCCGGUGACGUUCAGGACCACCAUGCCAUUGGCAGGACUGAUUGGCAGGAAGAUGGGCCUGGGGAAAAUGGACAUACUCACAGAGCUGAAGAAGAGGAGCCUCAGACACAUCCUGGCUGUCAUACUCAGCCACCUGACCUCUGAGGGUAUCUACAGGUGUGGUCGUGUGUGCAAAAGCUGGAAUGAAAUUAUCCAACACAACAAGCAAGCUAACUUUAGGAGAAGAAACCACCUGAGUGAAUUGAAGGCUACUCUUGAGCUCGGUGGUGCUGUCCAUGUCCCUGACGCAGAGACUAGACUGACUCUGCUCAAGAGGUCGGCCCUCAAGACGGUUCAGGCCCAGUCCAGGACCUCUAGCUACUGCACCCCGCAGUCAGCAAAUAGCACUUUAAUCCAAUUACAGCACAGUGCUGCACAUUCAGGUGGCAGCAGCAGCAAACGGGAGAAAUUUCUAGAAAUUGCCAAAACGCUCUUCAAUGAUGAGUGCCUCAAGCCUUGCCCUCGAUGUCAGCAUCCUGCAAGGUGUCAUUCGGUGAAAGGGGAAGGUGUGUGCAGCAGAGCUGAUUGUGGUUUCCAGUUUUGCACAUCCUGCUUCUGUGCUUUUCAUGGCUCUAGAGAAUGUGGCAGCCGAUCUGUAGGCCGUCGCAAAAAUGACAUAAUUCUUCCAGGAAGUGCUCAAAGCAAGCGGAACGUGAGGAGGCUAUGAGAACAAAGUGAACUGUUUCCCUGCUUGUGAUGCCAAAGUCAACUUAGCAUUAUUUCUGGAAAAACAAGGCUUGGCAACAAGGAAGAUUAUUUCUAGCUGAUACAUGAGAACAGCGUCUGUACUCAUCAUUUUGUCUCUGUGCAUGUCUAUCUACUGUAUCUCCUCCCCUUUUUUUUCAAUGCAAUUCUUUCUUCUGUGUUUUUAAUUAUGAAUUUGAAGGAAGGAAUUUUGCUGUUGUACUUUUCCAUGCACACUUAAGUGUACACAAUGUUUUUUUUGAAUUCCUCUGAGAGUUCCAACUUUUACCAAUGUGUUUUUCAGAUCAGUUUUAAAUAAAUGUGGUGAUUUUUAUGUUUUUUA